AUGGCGGCGGCCACCACUCAUAAGUCUGACGAGCACGUUGUUGCUUUCAAAUUCAAACCAGAACAAGAUGGACCACCCUACAACCAUUUCACUGUGAAGGCAGAUGGAAAGAAAGGCGAAAUGACGUUGGUGGAUCGAAACAGUCUUGGAUUGAACAAAGCCUGGUUGACACGACCAGAAGGGGUCACCAAAGCUCAAACUAAUGGAUAUCCUUUCUGGGGUAGUCGCAUCUAUGAAGAAAUUCAGAAUUUCAACAAGAAACCCUCCAAGAAACGCCGCGUGCUCUUCUACGACAUACGUCACGGAGAGGCAGACCAUAAUAGAUGGAAGAAUCUGAUGCCGGACAAAUGGGCCGAGCCGUCCGAGUACAGAAAACGACCUACUUUUGAAUACGGUGGCAAAGAGUACUGCAUAAUUGACCCACCCCUGACUGGAAAGGGGAGCAAGGACGCGGAAGGAGUUAAGGAGCUGUUCAAAAAGCUCAAGAGCCACGGGUAUCCAAUGCCAAAUGUGGUCUUGAUCGGCCCUUCAAGGCGGACUCGAGAUACGUUCAAAUUGGGACUGAAGGGAGACGACCUUGGAAUCGACAUCCAGAAAUGCUGGGUGGUGCCAUGCCUCCGAGAGCAGGAGACGGGGAAUUGCGCCGACAUCCUGAUCAACGAGUUUCUUGCUGGCCAGAAGAUACCACCGCCAGCCGGAUCAGGAAAAGUCCUUGACUGGAUGGAGGUCGAAGACAAAGCUACUGGCGAGAAUCCACGCCUGAAACGCCGAGUGGAGAAAUUUUUCGAGGACCUUCCCAAAUUCGACGAAAGCGACUGCGUGGCUCGGGUGACGCAUUCCCUGCUCAACCAACACACCCUCAAGAGCCUAGAAGUCGGCCAGGGGAGGGAUAAGAUAAAGGUCAUGGAUAAGUUCAUGCUCGACGAGGGCGGGUGUUUCGCCUAUGUUUUUGAACUGGACAGGGCCGAUGAGUCGGCUAGAGGGACAAUCAAGCCGAGUCCAGAAUGGACCAGAUACCUUGAAUAUGAAAAGGCCAUGGGACCGGGACGGGCAACGGCAUUCCCUUUGACUGAAAAAGCCUCUUAUACAGUUCCUCCUCCUGUGGGCAUCGGACCAGGCAUCAGACCACCCAGAGUCAUUCCUCACAAGAAUGAUGUUGAACCUCAAAAUAUUACGGGAAACAAUCAGACCGUCAAAAGCAAGAAGAAGGAUGACGGUGAGAAGGUCACUGGAUUCAGGGGAAAGGCAGUAAUUGACAAGAAUGCUGAAGAUGGAAACCAUGUCGGAAACAGAAAGAUCGUUGACAGCAGGAGUAAUACUGGCAACAGGGGCAAGAAUGUCAAGAGGGCGAUGCCGGUUGAACGCCAGAAGAAUGAUCCGCGCAGCACACGCCAGGGAUCGGGCUGA